CCUCCUGGACUGACGACUGUUGGUGGCUCCACUAUAUAAGGUUAAACAGACAAGGGAGGGACCCAGAGAAGAGUAUUUAUAACACUGACACACUGUCUGUCAGUCCUUCUCUGUCACACUCCAAGGGAAUACAGGUUGCACAAUGAAGGGAAUUUACUCUCUGGUUGGACUUCUUGUCCUGGUUAGUGUUCAGAGCAGUUGGCAAAUCCCCCUACAGAAGACCCAAGACAACUACAGCUUAUUGACAGAAGGUGAUUUGUUUGACGAGCCGGUGGAACUUACAAAUGUGAAAAGGCACUCCCAAGGAACGUUCACCAAUGAUUAUAGCAAAUAUCAGGAGAUGAAGCAAGCGCAAGACUUGGUUCAAUGGUUAAUGAACUCCAAGAGAAAUGGAAAUUCUUCAAGACGCCAUGCUGAAGGGACCUUCACCAGUGAUGUCAGCUCCUUUCUGCAAGACCAGGCUGCCAAGGAGUUUGUUUCUUGGUUGAAGUCAGGGAAGGCCAUAGCAGAGUAGGGUUUUCAUUUAUUCAGCUACCAACUUCACAGGCCACACAUUGCGAAGAGAGAAAAAUGUCUGAAUAAUCUUCCUCUACAACAUGUUUUUUUUUUUUUUUUUAAUUGUGUACU